AUGAAGUUUCUUCUGUUUCUUCUCAUCCUUCUGGCCAUGGAGCCAGUGGUUUCAGGCAGACAUCACACCCUUCGAUGCAUGGGAAACACGGGAAUCUGUAGACCCUCUUGCAGAAAGUCUGAACAACCCUACCUCUACUGCUUAAAUUAUCAGUCAUGCUGCCUCCAGUCUUACAUGAGGAUAAGCAUUUCCGGCAAAGAGGUGAAAAAUGACUGGAGCCGACAGAAUCGUUGGCCAAAAAUACCUUGA